AUGUCGACUAAUAGCACCGCUGCCUCAACCCCCGCUAACAACCAGCAGACCACCCCGUUAUUGCCAACAGAAGUGCGUUGCUCGUACCCGAGCAAGCUCUGCAACAACCACCGCGCGGUGAAGGACAACGGUGACCUGCACAAACUCUGCGAUUUUCACCGAAAGAAAGCCAAUGUGAACCAGCAGCGCAUGCAACAGAAGCGCCGCCUCAUCCGCCAGCAAAUGGUGGAGCGCAAGAAACGCUUAAUGGACGCCGCCCAGGCCCCCAUGGAGUACAACAGCGCCAAGAAUAUUAUGGAGCCCAAAGAGCCGAUCUGCAACUUCUCGCCUGAGGAGGUAAGGAUGCUCGAGGCUAUACUCUUUGACGACGACGACGACUGCGACGGCGAGGCUGCCGCAUUCAUGGCCGAUUACCGGAUGUAUAUGUCCAUGAGCUCGUUCCCGGCACCUAGCAACACGUCCCUGUAG